AUGGCUGCCCUGGGGGAGGAGGUGCUGGACGGUUACAUGUACCCGGCGUGCGUCCCCUACCCGUACCCGUACCCCUACCCUCCCGCCGCCAAGGGCAAGGGCGCGGCCGGCGGGGGUGGCUGGCGCCAUCGGGGCGGGGGCUGUGCUCCCGCGUCCUCCUCCUCGUCCUCCUCUUCCGCCGGGGCGGGCGCGUCGUCUUUCCCCGGCUGCGGGCAGCUGACGGCCGCCGAGUACUUCGACAGCUACCAGCGGGCGCAGCUCAUGGCCCUGCUGUCGCAGGUGGGCCCGGGUCUGGGCGCGCGGCCCCGCAGGGCGGGCAGCCGGGACGUGGCCGUGCAGGUGAACCCGCGCCGCGACGCCUCCGUGCAGUGCUCGCUGGGGCGGCGCACGCUGCUGCGCAGGGCCCGCGACCCCGCGGCGCCGGCCGGCCCGGGCCUCGAGGGUGCGGCGGGGGCGGGCGGCGGCUCUGCGUCCCCGCAGCCGGCGCGCCGGGGCCGAGCAGCGCAGCCCCCCGAGCAGCGCAGCCCCCCGAGCGGCGCCCCGCGGCCCGUAAGCUUCCAGCGCACCGUCGCCGUGUACUCGCCCGUGGCCUCGCGCCGCCUCAGCACCUGCCCGGAAGGCGCCGACGGCACGGCCGGGGAGCAGAGGCCCGCGGCGCCGGAGGCAGAGCGAAGGCCGCCGCCUGCGAGGCCCCGAGGCCCGGAGGAGAGAGAGGCGUCGGCGAGGAAGGCGCCCCGACGGCCGCGGCCCGAACAGGAGGAGGACGAAGCCGGGGCCCAGGCCGCCGUGCGGACGAGCUGGGAGCAGCCGGCCGCGGGGCCCGGGCUGCCGCCGCGGGACAGCGGGACAGACGAGGCGGCCCGGCAGCGCGCGCCCCGGGGUCCGGAGCCGCCCCCGCCGCUGGAGCGCGCCCAGGACGCCGAGGGCGAGACGCCGUCGCCGCGGAGCCCGGAGCAGGCCAAGGAGCGGCCGCGCUUCCAGUUCCUGGAGCAGAAGUACGGCUACUACCGCUGCAAGGACUGCAGCAUCCGAUGGGAGAGUGCUUACGUGUGGUGUGUGCAGGGCACCAGCAAGGUUUACUUCAAGCAGUUUUGCAGAACUUGUCAAUCUUACAACCCUUACCGAGUGGAGGAUAUCACCUGUCAAAAUUGUAAACAGACUAGAUGCUCCUGCACUGUAAAAGUUCACCACGUUGACCCUAAAAGGCCCCAUCGUCAAGAUUUGUGUGGGAGAUGCAAAGGCAAACGCCUGUCCUGUGACAGCACUUUCAGCUUCAAGUAUAUCAUUUAA